UGGCGGAGCCGCCUCUCCAGGCCCCGCCGCGCUAAAGGAACCGGCCCGGGGGGGGGGGGGAGGAUCCCGGGGGGGGGGUCCCGGGGGGGGAAUCCCGGGAAUCCCGAGGAAUCCCGGGAUUUGGGGAUGGCGGAGCCGCUGCUGCGCCGAACCUUCUCCCGCCUCCGGGGUCGGGACCAGCCGAGGGGGAAGAAGGAGGAGGAGGAGGCCGAGGAUGGAGCUCAUCCCACCCCCCCAAACCCCAACGCCCCAAAUCCGGGGGGUCCCGGCGAGGAGGAGGAGGAAGAGGAAGAUGAGGAAGACGAGGAGGAGGAAGAGGAGCCCCUGAGCGUCCCGGGGGGGAUUUUGGGGGGUCCCGGGAGACCCCCCGGGCCCGGCGCGUACCUGCAGAGCCUGGAGAGGAGCAGCCGCCGCUGGGUCCUGGCGGCCGGGAAGGAUCCCGAGGCUCCGGGAAAAGCGGGAAUUUCGGCCGGGAAUGGCACCGAGGGCGGGGGGGGGGCACAUCUGGUACAACCCCAUCCCCGAGGACGACGGCGACGACCCCCCCCGGGAGGGACCCCCCCCAAAAAAGGGCGGGGGAGCGGCGGGGGGAGCCGGAGGAGGCGGAGACGAGGAGGAGGAGGAGGAGGAGGAAGGAGACGGGACACGGGGAGGGG